AUGUCGAUACCAUACCUUUGGUUCAUCGUCACUUUCGAAGAUCCUGAUCUAGCCAUCCGGAUCUUCGGUCCUGUAACAUUAAAAUACUGUGUUCUAAGGCCCGAAUUUUCCGCCUUGUUUUCGCGUUUCGGUACUGUCAUGCACGCUGUGAUUCUCGCCACUGUCGAUAACGCAUCUCGCCGUCGCGGGUUCGUGGUAAUGUCAUCUCAUGAGGAAGCCAAACGUGCAAUGAAUGCGCUCUCGCGAACGCAAAUAAAAGGACACACCCUUGAUGUAUCUUGGGCCGUCGUACAACGUUCUCAAGAUGACGCAGACAGGACGAUGAUGCUGGCAUCCUCAAACCCUUCGAGUCACUUCCGGAAAUGGAGUUCGAUCACCAACCCGCACCUCCUAACCAUCAGUUCACCCCAAUACGCCUUCCUCGAAGUUGCUGUCGAAUACGUGAAUGUCUUCGAUGCUCAGGAAGCCAAAGACGCACUUCAACGACAGUUCUAUGGGACCUCACGCCUGGAAGUCCGAUUCAUCCAAGACAAUAUAUAUCCGGUUAAUUCUACUGCUGCUGCGUAUGCCCAGUCUCCCAUGCUACCGAAAACAUCUGAUGCCGGCCUUAAUCCUUGUGCUGCUCCUUUCGUCUUUGGAUCCCGCCACUUGCCACCCUUGGCUUCUGGUCUUAGCGCCGUUGCGCACGAUUCAUUUGUCAACGACCUCAAUCUUGCCAAUAGACCGUCUUUACAUUUGCUAACUCCAGCCGAGAGACCUUCGUCCGGGAGUACGCUUGUCGUGGAGGAUCUUGUGAAGGAUCUAGAAUUCGGAAUUUGCCGUGCACGAGGCGGUGAUCAGAUUAUGGAAGAUGAGAACGGCCCGGAUGUAUGUGCCAGGGCACGAAUGCAGGAAGAGCGCAAAACUGUUGCUGGUUCCAGGAACAGCAAUCAGCCACCCGUCAAUGGUGUCAAUGGCAACGGACAUCUUUCAAUGAACGUAUCAAGUUCAAAAGCAGAGAUCGUCAAGCUGAUCCGCACGCUUCUUAACUGCUUCAACUCCAUCAUUUUCCGCUCGCAAUUGCGCAGUGACACUUUCAGCUCUCUGCAACCCACUUACUUCCCUGGGUUCGCAUUCUCUUGGCUCUGCCUUGUUUCACAUCGACUCUUCAUGCCAAAAUUGCUACUAUCCGAAACCCGCGAGGGCUGGUCUGCGUUUCACAAGCUCCUUCUUUUCUCCUUCAAGUCUCUGGCUCGAUGCUAAUCUCCAACUCGCAUCUCGUAAUUUUUAUUGCGGCUCCCUCUGACUCCUCCCCGUCCUUCUUCAUGAGUUCCCAGAGUUCCUUAGCGAGUACUACUUUAGUCUCUGUGAUACCAUUCCUCCGCGUUGCGUCCAGCUUCGCAACAUCAUCCUCAGCACGUUCCCUAUGUCUAUCAUCCUUCGUGACCCUCAUCUACGCAAAUUUGACUCGAUUCCCAAAAUGGGACCGAUACCACCCAUUCUAUCAGACUUUGCUUCACGUCUCAAAAGCGCUGACCUCCGCAACAACCUCUAUCAAUACCUCCUUAAUUGUGGAACCCCUUCAUUCCUUACAACACUCAAAAAUCGCUUGAGCCUGCCCGACGUGCCAGAGGGUUCAUCCGAGUUGUACAACCUGUCACUAAUAAAUUCCCUUGAAGAGAGGGCACAGUGAUAGUGCUGAACGAGACCAUUGCAAAUCUCGUCUGUGAUUU